AUGUGUGCUUAUAUGAAUAAACCAAAUUUGUGUAAUUCCGUGAUGUUAUUAAAAGGUUCUGAUAAAUUAUUUUAUGAUAAUUUAAUAAAUUUAGAUGAAAGAUUAAAACUAAAUAAUAAUUUUAACGAAAAUAGAUAUAAUGAAAAUUGUAAUAAAAGCUUUGUAAGAAAUAAUAGACGGUUUAAAACUGAGCCUUCUAAAAUUUUUAAUAAAAAUACAAAAUCAUCAGGUUAUUCUUUUUUUCAAAAUAUUUUUGGUUUCUCAAAAAGCGUUUCUCAUAAAGAAAAUCUGGAAAACGACAAAACCGAACUAAAUGGAACCGACACAGGCGAGAGCGACCAAAGCGGAAGAAGCGAAAAAAGCGGAAAAGGCGGAAAAAGCGAAAAAAGCGGAAAAGGCGGAAAAAGCGAAAAAAGCGAAAAGAAUGAAAAUGGCGAAAGUGGCGGUGGGGGCAAGCUGUAUAUAAACGGGUUAGCUAGCCAAAUUGACAAUAAUUUGUCGAAUAAAAAAUAUGAGCUCACUGGUUAUACUGGACUGGAUGAUAAAAAUGAUAUGAACGAAGAAAAAUGUGUAAAAAAAAAAGAGAAAGAAAUAAAUUCAUUAGAUAAGAGAAUGGUAAAUAGUUAUGUAAUAUCUGACGUUUUUUUAAAAAAAAAUAUAAAAUCUAUAAUUGUAUAUAAUACAGGAGGAAUUGAUAUAGAACUGAUUGAAAAUGAAAACCCUGAAUUUUUAUAUCAUACAUAUACAGGAAAUAGAAUAUCUAAUAUAUAUUAUAAUUAUGAUGAUAAAAUUAAGGAAAAAGAUAGUUACAAUGAAAGAUGUAAUGAUGAUAUAAAAGGAAAUCGUAGUAAUAGUAAUAAAAUAUUUUGUAUGGAAAAAGAAGAAUUGAAUUGUCCAAAUGAUUGUAAUCAAAAUUGUGAUAUUAAUUCGUCUAUAUCUAGUUUAUCAAUAAAUAUAUCUGAAAAAAAAAAAUAUAAAAAAUAUUAUUAUAUAGGAGAAUCUUUUAAUAACAUGCGAAAUGGUUGGGGAAUGUUAAUAUAUAAUGAUAGAGUUAUAUUCGAAGGGGAAUAUAAAAUGGAUAAUGCAAUAGGUUAUUUUAUUAAAUAUAAUGAAUAUUCAACAGAAAUUGGAUAUAGGAGCCCUAUAAGUAUAAAAUCGGUAAUUAUUAUGAGUGAUAGUGAUAAUUUCAUAAUUCAAAAUAAGUCUGAACAUUUAAAUGGUGAUUGUAAUGAUGAUGAUGAUGAUAAUGGCAAUGAUAAUGAUGAUGGUGACAAAAUUAAGAAAAAUAACAAAAAUAAUAAUUUGUCAAAUGUGCUCAUUUGUAAUAAUGAACAUAGCAUAUGUAAUAAAACUUUUUCAAAUUUUGAAGAAACAUAUAAUUUAGAAAAAUUAAAAGAUAAAAAUAAUAAUUCAUAUUCUUAUCAUAAAAUAGACAAAAAUUGUGAUGCAUCCUUUAAAAAAAACCAUAACUCUAUUAAAAAAUUUUCUACACAAUUUUGUAAAAGUGGUUUGGAAAGCAACGAUUAUAUUGGUAUAAACAAAUUUGCUGAUUCUACUUCAGCAUGCCAUAUAGCUAGAGGAGGCAAUUCCCCAAAAUUAACAGAUUUGACCAAUUCAACCAAUUCGACCAAUUUAGCCAAUUCAACCAAUUUAAAUGUCGUAUCCAAUUAUAUUCGGAAAAAUAGCAAACAUAAAACGACUCCAGCACAAUCACUAAAUUAUUUAAAACCCCCUAAUAUGAAUUUUAUAAAAAAUAAUAUUUUCUUAAAUAAAAAUAUUAAAAAAAGUGAAAAAAUUUUAAGAAAAAAAAAAAAAAAAACAACUUCACAUACAUUUACACCAAUAAAUAUUAUUGUAACUUCUUUUGAUAGUGAUGAUAAUAUUGGGGAUCCUGAUUGUAUGGAUUCUGACAUUAUAAUGAAAAAAAGUGAGGUAGAAAAAGAUAGAGAAGAUAAGACAAAUUGUAGUGAUUAUGAACAUGACGAAAGUAAUAAUUAUGGAAACUAUUUUGAUACAAUUAAUGAAAGAGUAAAAAAAAAUACUUUAGAUGUAGAAAUUUAUGAUGAAUAUAAAAAUUUGAUAUGUGCAAAUAUAAAUAACGAUAAUUUUGUAUUUAAAAAUAAUGAAAUUGCAAUAUUUGACAAAUUUAUAGAAAAUCAAAAUGUUAAUAAUGACAAGGGGUGGGAAAAUCAUAUCAUGAGGAAGACAAUAUGUGAAGAAAAUUUUAAAGUAGAUAAGAUAUUAAAUGAGGGCGAUUUUACUAUUAGUACAGAUGCAGUAGAUGCAGAUAAUGAUUAUGCAGACAUUCUAGAACCCACAAUCGAUAAUGAUAAGCAUUGCACCAAGUUAGAAGCGAGUCUAAAAGGGGGAGGCGAGGGCAGAUGUGGUGAGAGUGGCGAUGGCAGAUGCGGCGAGAGUGGAGGGGGCGAUGGGGAAAGAAAGUUUUGUAAGUUUCUAAAAAGGGAAAUGAGGAAAAAGUUAAGAGGAGCUACAUUUCCAGAAACACAUGAUGAUAGACAAAAAAACUGUUUUCUUUUUAUUGAUGAUUAUUUAACUUCAAACAAUUAUAAGUUUGAUAAAAUAAGUAAUGAUAUUAGAUUAAGAGCAUCUGAUUAUAAUAAAUGGUCAGUUAAUAUGUUAUAUAACUUUUUGAAAAUGAUAGGAUUAAAAAAAGAAGCUUAUUUAUUUAAAAUAAAUAAAAUUAGAGGAUAUCAUAUAUUAAAAAUAACUGAUAAUGAACUCAAAAAACUUAAUAUAAAUAAUCAAUAUACUAGAAAAUUUAUUCUUUCUGUUUUUCGUUUUUUAGUUAAUUCUAUUGAUAGUGCAGAUCCAUUAUCAUUAAAUUUUAACACAAGUAAAAAAUUCACAUUUAAUAAAAUUAAAAAUAUAUCUAAUAAUGAUAUAAUUAUAUUAAAUAAAAUAGGAGGUGGCAGUUAUGCACAAGUAUUUAGAGGAAAAUAUAAAGGAAAAAUAAUUGCUUGUAAAUUGUUUGUAUAUAAUACUAGAGAAUUAAGUGAAGAAAGCUAUUGUGAAAGUUAUAUAUCGACUCCUAGAUCUACUCACCAAUAUAUUUUUCCAAAAAUUUUUAAAAACAUGCCAAGUGCAGACUCAGAAGUAGGAGAUCCCAGUCACGAUGUUGAUUCGAUAAGAAGUGAUGAUUUAGAAAAAAUUGGGAAAAACUUCGAACAAAUUGGGAAAAACUUCGAAAGGGGCGAUGGUGAUUUUCCAAAGGUGCUAACCAAUUUGUGCACAUUGCAAAGAAAUAAAAAAAUAAAAAAAAUGGCAAAUUUGGAAAUAUUUCGAUAUUUUCCAACACCUAUAAAAUAUCGAAAUUAUGAAGCAAAAAUUUUAUAUUCAUUACAAAAUUGUAAACAUGUCAUAAAAUUAUUGGGGGUUUGUAGUUUAGGGCAAGGAGAAGAAUCACUAAUUUUACAAUAUUGUCCAGGAGGAAGUUUAGAAAAAUAUAUAUAUUAUGAUGAAAAAAAAAAAAUAAAUAAACAAAAUAAACAUUUAUCAAGACCCCAAGUUGUUAAAAUUUUUCAGCAAAUAGCUAAAGGAAUGUAUGAAAUACAUUCUAAUAAUUUUUUCCAUCGUGAUAUUAAAUUAUCUAAUAUAUUAUUAGAUGAAAAUAAAAAUGCUAUUAUAUCUGAUUUUGGGUUAUCUACAUAUUUUUCGUUAAAUGAUAGUCCAAGUGCAUAUGCUAUUUAUGGAAAUAUUUUUUAUGCAGCUCCUGAAGUUUUAAAAGGUGAGGGUUUUUUUAAAGAAUCAGAUGUAUGGUCAUUUGGUGUUAGUCUUUGGGAAGCUUUAACAAAAAAAAUUGCAUAUGAUGGUUUAUCAUCUUCUGAAACAUUUUGCAAAAUAUCAUCAGGCGAAUUACAUUUACCAAUACCAAAUGACAUUCCUAAAGAUUUGUCAGAUUUAUUAAAAAGUGUCCUUGAAUAUGAUUUUACAAAAAGACCCCUAUUUGAUGUUAUAGCUCGAAAGUUAGAACAAAUAUGGGAGGCAGCUGAAAAGCGGUUGCACUUUGAUAUGAUUUCCUUUUUGGAUGGAUGA